AUGCCUCCUAGACGUGCCCCAAGAAACCAAGUAGAUGUAGAAAUUGAACCGCCACGAAGGGUUGAGGAACUUUUCCUCAAACAAAGUCCGCCUUCAUUUAAUGGGGUUGGGAGUCCAGUGGAUGCUGAACAUUGGAUUAAGGCGAUGGAGAGGAUUUUCGAUUUCCUCCAUUGUAAUGCACAAGAACGUUUGUCAUGUGUUGCGUUCCAGCUGACUGGGUCUGCGGAUUUUUGGUGGGAGGCCAAAAGAAAGGUAAUGACUCCUCAACAGUUGGCAAAUUUAUCUUGGGAAGACUUUAAGACGGAAAUAUAUGACAAGUACAUUCCAAAAAGCUACCGUAAGAAAAAGGAAACUAAAUUCUACAACCUAAAGCAAAACAAGAUGUCUGUAACAGAGUAUGAUCGUAUUUUCUGCGACAUGUCCCGCUAUGCUCCACAACAAGUGGAUACUGAUGAAAAGAUGUCGGAGAAGUUUCGUUCUGGUCUUAGACACGAGAUAAAAAUGGCACUCGCCAGUCACAGUGAUCUUACUUACUCUGAGGCGCUCAGCAGAGCUCUGGAUGUUGAGGCAGCUAUGCCCGAGGAUCGCCCAGCUCAAACUCAAGCUCAGGGAGCAAAUGACCGAGGAAAGAGGAAAUGGGAAGGUAACAACAAUAACAACAGAGGUUACUAUAACAGUCAGGACGAGAAGAGGCCUUGGUAG